AUGGUCACGACCCCGCCGAUUAUGCCAUCAAAUCUGACUUCCGCAAAGCGUACUCCGUCACGCGACAAUGGAAAUCAUCCGCUGUAUCCCGUGCGCGAUGAAUUCUACCAAUCCCCGCCGAAGACUGUCGAGGUUCUCAAGGCUAGCUCUUGUCCCGAGACCAAUGACCGACCCUCUUUCCUCACCACCUUACCAGCAGAGUUGCGCAACAACGUCUACAAAUGGCUGUUCGCGCGAGACGAUCCAAUCAUAUACACCGGGCCGGGAAGGAGAGACAGAGAGCCAGAUUUCUUCCCAAAAUUCAAUGACAACUACGACGAAAUGCCAUCCUUCAGCCCAGAGGAAGAAAUCGUCAUGCGCAAGCCUUCGCACGAUCUCGGUCCCAAUGUGGCGAUGUUAUCCAAUCUCAAUACCCACAAUGAGUGCAUGAGUCAUUUUCAUGACGCUCGCGACUUUCUGUACGACAUCGGAACGCAGGUCGCCCACGUCCAGGAAAUCCAAAUCGACAUUAGUCCGCUAUGCUCGGCAUUUGAUUUCGAUCGUGUUGAUGAUGUCGAAGUAGAGGAACAGAUCGAUCUUCUUCCAGUUGCACAUUUGAAAUGGUAUCCACCAUCAUCAACGUGUGAAUUCCGCCUCGUCAAUACAGGAAGAGCUCUGAACCACCGAGUCCACGGGGAAUUUACUGGGAAUUCAGCUCAUAUGAGCAACAUCAACGCCCAACUUCUUGAAGAUAUUGUGAAGGCCGUGGGUAGCAAUCAUGCACUCAAAACAAAUGGGCGCUUCGAUCGACUCAUCGACAGAAUCGAGCUCAGUCUCGAUCUAGAAAGUGGGAGUGUACACUAUCCAAUGACAGGUCCCUAUCAUGAAGUUGACAAGAGGACCAUUAUUCCAUUCGAGAUAUUGAGGGACGAUCAAGAUCGAUUCCACCGUCUUCAUUGGGUCUCGUGUGCCCACACAUCUGACCUGCAUCCAUUACCACCACGUGUUUAUCGAAAAGUUGUGUGCUGGGCCAUGAAUGAAGGAGAGAACAUCAUCUUUGAUCUGGAUUGUCGGAACGUGUAA